AGGAUGCUUUGAUGACCUAAUAAAUCAGAACGGCAUUAAGGCGAGAGCCUCCAGGGACCCCAGGCCCCCUCCACUGGGCACUUAAGGCCGCCUGGAGUCCACGGGUCACCAUGGGCGUCUCGCAUUCUUCCAAGGAGGAGUGGGAACGCGAGAGCAGGAGCGACUUCUGGUGGACACAGAUCCAGGAGGGGUUCCGAAACCAGAAUGACUUCAACUGGGACCAGAUCAAGCAGCUGCACCAGAGGUUCCGGCUGCUGAGCGGAGACCAGCCUACUAUCCGGCCCGAGAACUUCGACGAUGUCCUGGACCUGGAGUUCAACCCGAUCCGCUCCAGGAUCAUCCGAGCCUUCUUCGACAACCGGAACCUGGGCAAGGGGACCAGCGGCCUGGCGGAAGAGAUUAACUUCGAGGACUUCCUGACCAUCAUCUCCUACUUCAGGCCGCUUCGCUCGCACUUCAACAAGGAGGAGGCGGAGCUGUACCGCCAGGAGAAGCUGCGGUUCCUCUUCCGCCUGUACGACGAGGACGGCGACGGGCUCAUCACGCUGCAGGAGUACCGCAGGGUGGUAGAGGACCUGCUGUCAGCCAACCCGCAGGUGGAGCGCUCGUGGGUGCGCUCCAUCGCCAACUCCAUCGCCUGCCGCGCCUUGAAGGAGGCGGCCAGGGUGUCCGAGAAGCCGCCAGAGGAGGAGGACCAGCCGUACCAGGGCAUCACCUUCGAGGACUUCGUCAGGACCUGGCAGGGCAUCAACUUGGAGGUCAAGAUGCAAGUCAGCUUCCUGAACCUAGAAGCCAUGGCCUUGUGCCAAUGACCCGCCGGGCGUCCCG